AUGGCAGCUCCGCGAGCAUCCUCCUUCAAAGCUCUGCGCAAUCUCCAGCGCACGUCCGGGUCGACCCCGGCGAAACGGAGCCUGCACAUUACUGGUGUCCAUGCCUCCCCGAGGCCCAUCGAUCCCAACCACAAGAGCACCUAUGUGCCAUGGACUCUACAGGACCUUCGGCAAGAGUGCCAGAAACGAACACUAUCGGCUUCUGGCACCAAGCACGAGCUCAUUGACCGACUGGCCGGUCAUGACAGCUUGCAGGCGAGAGCAUUUUCCAUUGCCAUGAAGCGGAUCGCCGUCGAACAAACAAAGAAGCCGGUCUCAGGCCCUUCGGACACCGCACCCCAGCGACACUUCAACACCUCUCGCUCUCUCAAGGCGGUGGGUGACACGUCUACCAUCGACUUUGCCUACCUUCCGAAGCUACACGAAGAGGCAUGGGGACCGAGCCCUCCUUCCGUCCGAGUACCUAUCCUACCCUACAUCCAAUCCGAGCAUGCCGAGGCUAUCUUGGAGAGGCAUCCAGAGCUCGACGCAGCUGCUGGCGGCUACCAAGAUACUCAAGGUUAUGAGACGAUUAUGAAACCACAAAUCUUCAGCGUUGGCGAUGUUGCCGGUGGCUCAGCCAGCGCCAUGAGCGAUGUGCACGAUGGCCAUCACCCUACCGAAUUGUCGGUCGAAAUGCUCACAGCUCUCACCGAGACGGUGGGCAAAAGUGCCCGCCAAUUUGUGGAUAUGGUCAAAGAUAAGGACGAGGCGACGGUCCGCAAGAUCUGGACUGGAUUCCUCGACGAUCUGUUCGGUCAAAAGGGCAAAGUAGCCAAGCCAUAA